AUGCAGUCAGCAAGGAUUUCGCGACUGGCUCGCGCAGGGAACAAUAAGUGGACGCCCACCCGCCAGCCCCUCACCCGCACCCUCGCAACCCCCGCCAGCCCCAACACCAACUUCUCCGUGCACCCCGAAAUCGCCUCCCGCACGCCCCCCUACAGCAAGCUCAUCAAGAACCUCGCCGAAGUGCGCCGCGUGCUGGGCUCCACCACCGGCCUCACCCUCGCCGAGAAGAUCGUCUACUCGCAUCUCGCCAACCCCGAAGAAUCGCUCGCGGGCCGCAAUGGCAGCAUCCGCGGCGACGCCUACCUCAAGCUCAAGGUCGACCGCGUGGCCAUGCAGGACGCGAGCGCGCAGAUGGCGCUGCUGCAGUUCAUGACGUGCGGGCUCGGCAGGACGGCCGUGCCGGCGAGCAUCCACUGCGACCACAUGAUUGUGGGCGAGAAGGGCGCGGACGUGGAUCUGCCGAAGAGCAUCGCGGGCAACAAGGAGGUAUUUGACUUCUUGGAGAGCGCGGCGAAGAAGUAUGGUAUCCAGUUCUGGGCGCCCGGGUCGGGCAUCAUUCACCAGAUUGUGCUGGAGAACUAUGCGGCGCCCGGGUUGAUGAUGCUGGGGACGGACUCUCACACUCCUAACGGAGGAGGACUCGGAGCCAUUGCCAUCGGUGUCGGUGGUGCCGAUGCCGUCGAGCCACUGGUCGACGCACCCUGGGAGCUCAAGGCGCCCAAGGUGCUCGGUGUGCGCCUCGAGGGCCAGCUCAGCGGCUGGGCCACGCCCAAGGACGUGAUCCUCAACCUCGCUGGCCAGCUCACCGUCCGCGGCGGCACCGGCUACAUCAUCGAGUACUUCGGGCCGGGCGUCGAGACGCUCAGCUGCACGGGCAUGGCCACCAUCUGCAACAUGGGCGCGGAGGUCGGCGCCACCACGUCCCUCUUCCCCUACACCUCCUCCAUGACCUCGUACCUGAACUCCACCCGCCGCGCGCCCAUCGCCGAGGCCGCCACGGAGGUCAACAGGUCGCACAACUUCCUGCGCGCGGACGAGAACGCAAAGUAUGACGAGAUCAUCACGAUAAACCUCUCGGAGCUCGAGCCGCACAUCAACGGCCCGUUCACCCCGGACUUGUCCACCCCGCUGUCAAAGUUCAAGGACGUGGUCAAGGAGAACGAGUGGCCCGCUGAACUCUCGGCUGGGCUCAUUGGGUCGUGCACAAACUCUUCGUACCAGGACAUGUUGCGCGCCGAGCACCUGGUCAAGCAGGCUGAGGAGGCCGGCCUGAAGCCGAAGGUUGGCUUCUUUGUUACCCCCGGAAGUGAGCAGAUCAGGGCCACCCUCGAGCGAGACGAGACCCUGAACGUGUUCGAGAAGGCCGGCGGUACCGUUCUGGCAAACGCCUGCGGACCUUGCAUCGGCCAAUGGAAGCGCAGCGACAUCUCCAAGGGCGACACCAACGCCAUCCUCACCUCCUACAACCGCAACUUCCGCGCCCGCAACGACGGCAACUCGCAAACCAUGAACUUCCUCGCCUCGCCCGAGAUCGUCACCGCAAUGAUCUACUCCGGCUCCAUGUCCUUCAACCCCAUCACCGACACCCUCCCCACGCCCUCCGGCAAGCCGUUCAAGUUCUCGCCCCCCACCGGCCCCGAACUCCCCUCGCAGGGCUUCGAACUCGGAAACCUCGCCUUCGUCCCCUCCAACUCGGCCCCCUCCCCAUCCACGCAGGUCGUCGUCUCACCGACCUCCGACCGCCUGGCACUCCUCGACCCCUUCGAGCCAUUCGGCGACAGCGACCUCAAGGGCCUCAAGGUCCUCUUCAAGGUCAAGGGCAAGUGCACCACCGACCACAUCUCCGCCGCCGGCGCAUGGCUCAAGUACAAGGGGCACCUCGAGAACAUCUCCAACAACACGCUCAUCGGCGCGCAGAACGCCGAGACCGGCGAGGUCAACCGCGCCUACGACGACGACGGCACGGCCUCCGGCAUCCCCGAGCUCGCGCGCAAGUGGAAGGCCAAGGGCCAGCCGUGGCUGGUCGUCGCGGAGAGCAACUACGGCGAGGGCUCGGCGCGCGAGCACGCGGCGCUGCAGCCGAGGUACCUGGGCGGGCGGGUGAUACUGUCGAAGAGCUUUGCGAGGAUCCAUGAGACGAACUUGAAGAAGCAGGGGAUUGUGCCGCUGACGUUUGCGGACGAGGCGGAUUAUGAUAGGAUUGGGUCGUGCGACGAGGUGGAUACUGUUGGGCUGUAUGAGAUGCUGAAGAACGGGGGCAAGGGAGAUGUCUCGUUGGAUGUGACGAGGAAGAGCGGCGAGAGGUUGAGUAUCAAGGUGAAGCACACGAUGAGCGAGGACCAGUGUGGGUUCGUGUUGGCGGGGAGCGCGCUGAACCUUUUGUCGAAGAGGAGCCAGGCGUAG